ACCUUUAUGUCUAGCUCAGGGAUUGUAAACGCACCAAUCAGCGCCCUGUCAAAACAGACCACUGGGCUCUACCAAUCAGCAGGACGUGGGUGGGGCCAGAUAAGAGAAUAAAAGCAGGCUGCCCGAGCCAGCAGUGGCAACCCGUUCGACUCCGCUUCCACACUGCAGAAGCUUCAUUCUUUUGCUCUUUGCAAUAAAUCUUGCUACUGCUCACUCUUUGGGUCCACACUGCUUUUAUGAGCUGUAACACUCACUGCGAGGGUCCGCGGCUUCAUUCUUGAAGUCGGUGAGACCAAGAACCAACCAAUUCCGGACACAAUAGGAGGCAGAAACCAAUUAUUUGGGUAGACAGGGUAAAGCAACUCCCCAGUAGAAAACUUUCCGUUUAACAAAAAGCAGCUCAAAAAUAGCUCCUUUUCUAACUUCAUGCAGUUCAAAGAAAUCACUUUUCUUCUAACAACAAGAGGCCUGAAAGAGCAGACAGUAAAACACAGAAAAGACAGCUGGGACACAGAAGGACUGGGGUGGACAGCGGGGAGUCUCCUGGACGCGCCAAGAUGCCUGCAGCUGCAAGAAGACGUAUGGGAACAGACACAGAAACUUUCCCUACCAGAUAAGCAGGACAAAGAAACACAGACUGGAAGUUGGCCUGUGUGGUCACGGAAUGGGUUAAGAGAUGAUAAAAAAUUCUGCUCUGUACAGAUAGCACACCUGGUCCCAACUAAACCCUGGGGCCCUAGGAAGAUAAGACAUCCCCUCUUUACGAGCCCCCUCCUCAAGAGCCCAUUUAUAAAAACUCUGACAUUUUUACCACAACUUGGCGACCUGCUCAGGAUCCCUCUCUGUAACGGAGACCUGACAAUAAAUAAAGGUUAUGUAAAUAAGUACACAGCCAGAAUUCUUUUAGGACGCACACAUAGAAUAGUGGUAUUACUCAAAGUGUAUAUCAUGGAUCAGUGGCAGUUCAUGAACUAUGUGUUACUAGUCCAUGGUGAGGAUAACUUGUUGGAAAUAGUUAUUGAUGAUUUAUUGAAAAUAAAAUUUGAAAACAAGGCAUCAUUUGCAUUAUUUGGGGUUUUUUGGUGUGAUGACUUUCUUGUACAUGUAAACUCUUUGAGAAAAGUUGGGGAUAAAAGGACAGGGGAGCAUUUGGCUUAG